AUGGCCGCCGAUGUGGGAUCGAUGUUUCAAUAUUGGAAGAAAUUUGAUCUACGGCGGCUGCAGAGGGAGCUAAAUUCAGUGGCAGCACAACUGGCUGGGCGACAGGAAGAGAGCGAGCACUCCCAUAAGCACGUGCUGGAGCUGAGCCGUGAGUUCAAGAAAAAUGUCCCCGAGGAAGUGCGGGAGAUGGUUGCUCCUGUCCUCAAGAGUUUCCAAGCCCAGGUUGUUGCGUUGAUCCAGCGCAGUAAGGAGGCAGAGUCUGCAUUUCUGGGAGUUUACAAACAGCUGAUAGAAGCCCCAGACCCUUCUCCGGUGCUGGAAGCCUCCUACUCGCUGGAGGAACGCCUCACCCAGCUGCAAAGCUCUUCUCCAGACGGUGAGGUUCUGGUCAGAGAGAUCUCGGGCCACUGGAAGAGACACCUGGAGUGCCUUAACGGUGCAGAAAGUGUAGAAGAAAGCCAAGUAAGCAUACAGAGAGUAGAGGCGUCAGAACAACUGCCCCAUAUGAUGACCCCAAACAGCACACAGAGCCUCCAAGAUGGUGGCUUACCCCUUCACAACCACCAGAGCCUCGAUGAAAGGAAAGCAGAUGAACCAGAUGCUCUGUUUGUCAGACUGGCUCAGGCUGAAGAGAGAAUCAAAACUCUCCAGUCAGCACUGAACAAAGCCCAGUCAGAGCUACAAGAGCUAAGGUGUAAAUAUUACAAGGAAAUGGCUGCCAAAGCAGAGGAACUGGCCCAGCUCAAGACGAACCUGGAGAAGGCCAACCAGAGAGCAGAUUUGGCCCAGAGGGAGGUGGAGCGACUGAGGGACCAGCUAACCAGCAGUUGCAGUAUUUCUAAAGGGAGUGACGAGGGUCCCAGUGAGGGGAAAGGAGGGAGGGAUGAGAAGGACAAGUGCUCACCAUCACGGCUGGAAGCAGUGCUCUUCUCCAAAGAUAGAGAGAUUCUUCGCCUGCUUGAGAAUGUCCAGAGGUUGCAGUUCACGCUCCAGGAAGUGCAGGACUCCUCAGCAAGUCAGCUAGCAGAUCUUGAACAACAGUUGGCUUAUAAGACAGACGCUAUUGAAAAAUUAGAGGUUAAACUGCAGUCUCAGUUGGACUAUGAAGAAAUCAAAACUGAACUCAGCAUUCUUAAAGCAGUGAAACUGACAUUAGCAAAUGGGAGCUCUUCCCAGGACUCUGACAAAGUUGCAGAGGCUUUGUUGCUUGACAAACAAACUUUUCUACACUCCAACAAAUUUCUGACAGACAAAGCCAGAGUCCUACAGAGUCCUGAUGAAGACCAGUCAGAUAGUUCCAGUAGGGAUUUGGGGUGCCCGAUGAGCUCGUACUCCUCCCCUUCAAGAGUGUUACCAAUAGACAGCCAGUCCUCCUCCAGCCCAGGACCACCCAAUCCUGAUGGGACCUCUGGGACCCAUGACCUCCCACGAUCUUUUUCUGCAUCACCUUUCUCCAGUGAUAAACAUUGUACAGGGCCCCUCCUGCAGAAGCAGCUCCUCUCUCCUCACUUUAAGAAGGAUGGCGCAUCACUCAUGGCCUUCCCCACUGCUUUGUUUGCUGCAAAAGCUGCCCUCAUGUCCGCCAACCCAGGUGCUUCAGGGCCCUCAGUGAUUGAAACCGGCUUAGCAAGUGACCAGUCAGAGUGUGGGAGCUCAGGAGGUGGAGACGAGGACCACCUAGACACAGCAGAGAUAGCCUAUCAAGUGAAAGAGCAGCUUCUCAAACAUAAUAUUGGCCAGCGGGUGUUUGGGCACUAUGUGUUGGGCCUCUCCCAAGGCUCCGUCAGUGAGAUUCUGGCUCGGCCCAAACCAUGGAGGAAGCUGACAGUCAAAGGCAAGGAGCCCUUCAUCAAGAUGAAGCAGUUCUUGUCUGAUGAACAAAACAUCCUGGCUUUGCGUACCAUCCAAGUUCGCCAAAGAGGGAGUAUCACUCCUCGCAUCCGAACCCCAGAAACUGGGUCAGAUGACGCCAUUAAGAACAUUCUGGAACAGGCUAAGAAAGAGAUCCAGUCCCAGCGAGGAGGUGAUGGUAAGUCCUCUCUGGGAUCUUCUACAGGGCGCAGCAGUGGUGGAGGGAGUAAUUCAGAUGAGACUAUUAAGAGCAUCUUGGAGCAGGCGCGACGGGAGAUGCAGGCACAGCAGCAGGCCCUGCAUGAGCUGGAGGCCAGCAGCCAGAGUUUGUGCUCGCAGGAGCCCCACAAGACCCUGCCUGGCCCUAUACCCAACUACAUCAAGCAAGAAGAGGGCAGCACCAUGCCAGUGUGCCCAUCCAACCCCAUCGGCAGCCCCCAGACCCCCCUCAGUGUUCUGUCUCCUGCUGCUUUUGUCCAAAACAUUAUCCGUAAGGUGAAGUCAGAAAUCGGCGAGGCUGGAACAUACUUUGACCAGCACUGGUCUCGUCCCUUCACCUCUGUAUCGCCCUCACUCUCCUCUUCCUCCUCCUCUGUGCCCUCCACAGUGCCCCGGGCUUGGAAUGCGGAAUGCCCCCCGGGCACAGAGGAGGGGCCAGGCACUGAGGAGGAUGAACCUCCACCAAGCCGAUCUGUGAAAAUGGAGCCAGAACUGUGUGUAAGCGGGGAGCAGGUAGCAUGUGGAGGAGCACGGAUGAGCUAUUAUCCCUCCUAUAUUCCUCGCACUUUGAAGCCCACUGUGCCACCACUCACGCCUGAGCAGUACGAGAUGUAUAUGUAUCGUGAGGUGGAUACCAUAGAACUCACACGCCAGGUCAAGGAGAAGCUGGCUAAGAAUGGCAUUUGUCAGCGGAUUUUUGGAGAGAAGGUACUGGGCCUUUCUCAGGGUAGCGUGAGUGACAUGCUGUCUAGACCCAAACCCUGGAGCAAGCUCACUCAGAAGGGACGAGAGCCUUUCAUUCGCAUGCAGCUGUGGCUCCUGGACCAGUUAGGACAGAGCCUCAAUCAGCAGUCCAACCACAGCCACAACCACAACAAAAGUCCAGUGACCUCUCACUCUUCACCAUCCCCUCCACUCAGCCUAGAGGACAGUAUGCCUCUGGAGCCAGUGAGUUUGGUGCUUGAAUGCAGCAAGGAGAACCAGCACCCCCACCCACAGCACACAGAACCUCAAGGAGUGAAGGGCACAGCAGGAACAUUGGCACUCCAGCAGCCUCACAUUCCACUAGGCAUUCAGGAGCUGGUGGCCAUGUCGCCUGAGCUUGACACGUAUGCUAUAACCAAGAGGGUCAAGGAGGUGCUGACUGACAACAACCUAGGUCAGCGUCUGUUUGGCGAGAGUAUCUUAGGCCUUACACAAGGCUCCGUCUCAGAUCUGCUGUCCAGGCCCAAACCAUGGCAUAAGCUGAGUCUAAAGGGCAGAGAGCCCUUUGUGCGCAUGCAGCUGUGGUUAAAUGACCCACACAAUGUGGACAAACUGAGAGAUAUGAAGAAGAUGGAGAAAAAGGCAUACCUGAAGCGCAGAUAUGGCCUGUUGAGUCCUGGCUCAGAUACUGAUUCUCCGGGAGCAUGUUCAGACUCCAUUAGCCCAGGCCUUGCCCAAAUGGAGCUGUGUUCCUACAGCCAAACUAAGAAGCCCAGAGUAGUGCUAAAUGCAGAGGAGAAGGAGGCUCUGAGGAAGGCAUACCUGCAGGAGCCCUACCCAUCCCAGCACACCAUUGAGAUGCUGGCCACACAGCUCAAUCUCAAGACCAACACCGUCAUCAACUGGUUUCACAACUACAGGUCUCGAAUGCGGCGUGAGGUUCUUGUGGAAGGUCCCCAGGACAAUCAUGUUGAUGCAGAGCAUAACUUCUCUCCUUCAGUCAGCUGCAGUCCCAUUUCAGAUGUAGAUGAAAGGAAAAAAGCCCAUGUAGUCCACAAUGGCCACACAAUGCUCAAUGUCAAACAGGAAGUGGAGGAAGAUGAGGAGAAGCUGCUAAUCAGGCAGGAUACAAGCUCUUCCAUGGCUGUGCAGUUCACUGAGAUGAAGACUGAAGAGGAGCAGACAUCUUGCAACAGGGACCUGACGUCAUGUUGUCCUCAAAGCCUCAGGCAAGACGAAGCUUGCAUCCACAAACUCCUUUCUGGAUCUGUUUCCUCAGACAACACUCAGAAAAGCAACACAGCCACACUUGAAGGUGAAAAUAAAUCACCGGUGGACCCAGCGAGCUUCAAGGCAUCAUCGGAGGCAUGCCGCAGCAGCCUGGAGGUCUCACUUGACUCACCCUCAGCUGCCUCCUCUCCUGGCCUCAUGAUGUCUGUCUCACCAGUGCCGUCCUCUUCUGCCCCCAUUUCUCCAUCUCAGUCCCUUCAUUCCAACACCAAGAUCAGCAAGAGCACACAGAGGCGUGAUGAGAAAAUGGCCAACCUUAGCAACAUCAUCCAUCGACUUGAGCGAGCGGCCAAUCGUGAAGAGGUGCUGGACUGGGAGUUCUAGAGCUUGAAGCUUAAAAAUACUCUGAAUUCCUGAAGAGGGUUUUCUCACUCCUGAAGCUUUUGCUUGUCACAUUUGCCUGUCACCAGGAACACAGGACGUGAUAUCCUCCAAUCCAGAGAUAAAAUAUUGUCCUGUUAAAGACAUUAAUCAAAUAAUAUUUAUAAACAUGUUUUAGGUAUUUUGAUAUUCGUAUCCUACUUUGAGUUAUAUGUUACAGCACUAGCUGUCAUGUUUUAAACCAAGGAGGAAAGAGAUACUUGGAUGUGAAGACUUUGCAGUUAUGGUGUCAUGAAAUGCACACUGAAGUUCUAUAGAUUGCCACUGGGUGAGAUUAUUUCAAAGUGAGACCUCUGUCUUAAGCCAUCAAAAGCACUACUUAUUAAAAAAAAGGACUCUGACCAAAUUUGCUACUUUUUGAAUAGCAAUUUUUCAGAUUUUGUCUGUAAAACGGGACAGUUAAAGUCAAAUAAUGUUGAGAACUUUAUACUGACUUGAGGGAUAGUCCUUAAAGACUCUAAAUAGUGAACAAUACAUAUGUACUUAGUUUCUUGUUGACAUGUUUUGGAACAUUUGUUACACAAGCGUGUAAUGUGUGGUUGUACGUGCUGUAGAAAUUGUCUGCAAUAGCCUUUCUCUGAACAAGAUGUAGCAUGGUACUCAAAUUACCCUCUUAUCUUCUAUAGAUAGUAUCCUGUGAUAUACUUGAGCGAUAAAAGUGAAAACAUCAGAAAAUUUAGCAAAAAAAGAAAUGAAAAAAGGGAUUGUAGGAAAAAGAUUAUUGAUUUAAUAUUUUAUUGAAGCUGUUAUUGUUUUUUUCUGGGGUGGGGGUGGGGGGUGUUGGUUUCCUUUAAUGAUUCUUAGAGGUUUACUGUAGGGCCUUUUUGUGAACUUGGAAGGGAGUGAGCCAUUUGAAACUUUUGAGCAAUGUCUUCACUAAUUCAUAUUGCAUCUGCCUCACUCUUCCUCUGAUGCACUGAUCUCUCACACAAAUGGGGCAAGGCAAUGGCCAUAACUCAGCAUUAUGGUUCUGAACUGAGGAUCUGAUCCCUACGGUUCAGAAUUCUAUGCCCAAAAGUUCUACUCAUCAUGAUUUAAACAAUAAUUCAAUAAUGAUGUAAUAUAAGCUUGAACCAAGUCUCAAAGACCAAUACCACAGGAAGUGAUGGGGGUAGCUUUUUCACUGGGAACAUUUUAGCAUGCAUAUGUUUUAAACUAACCAUUUAUUCCUGUUUCAUUGGUAGGCACUAAUAAGUUUAGGAAUCCUGCCCUUCUCAGCACAUGUAGUCACUCUUGUGCUUGUUGGUCCUUUAGGCUCCCAUUUAUCCCAAAUGUCAGUGUGUGUCAUGGCAAACAUAGGCAGCAGCUACACCCUUAUAAAUAGAUAUCAUUUAAUAUAUACCUCUAUCACUGAUUCAUUGUAUUUUUGCAUGGGCUUUCCAAUACCACAAGAAGAUGUGCUGUAAUGUGGGUGUCCUCAUCAUGUCUGUCCCUGAGAACUGAAAUCGGAAUAGGCACACUUGAACUUUUUAUAUAAGUAGAGUAAAUACACUGUACUUGAGUAAUAAAUGCAGAGAUUGUAUUAACACUGAGAAGUGCACAAUAGAUCUACAAUAGAUACAAUAGUUCUCAUAGAAAUGGGACAGUUCAAACAAAUCUCUUGUUUUUGGAUGCUUUGUGUACUACUACACAGUUCUGCAACCAUUACAUUUUAAAUAUGCAUAUGCUUAAAAGCAUACAUUAGGGUGUUUUUCAUACUAGGCGUUUUUUUUUUCUAUAGAAAAAGUGCUGGCUGGAGCGCCGUUUGUGUUGAGAUGAAAAAAGUAGCUCACUCUGGUGAUGAGGAGGCUGUGACUUUGGAGGCAGAAAAUCAAAAGAAGGAGAUCUGCUUGUGCAACUUGAAUGUAAAAAUAGACAAGUUGUUAUUUUUAGUUGUAUUGCAAAGCUUGAAUAUUAGCAAUGAAAUAUUUUUCAAUUCACUCUAGUAAAUCUCAAAGUUUUUCACUAGCACUCUGUCCUCCAUAUUUGUUUGCGGCAUAACUUGUGGCCUGAUUGGGAAGUAAAAAAAAAAAAGACACUUGAUAUCAAUCAGCGCUUUUCUGAACAGUUCCAUUUUUAGACGUUUGGAAGUGCUCUACUAUGGCCAAAAGUACACCAGCGGCGGUGGCGCUUCCUGAAGGAUUAUAUGUAAAACGUGCCGGUGUUUGAGGGAAAAAAAAAACGUGUACUGUGAAAGCAGCCUUAUGUGAAAUGGAUUGGGAUCAGAAAAGGGGCAGAAUUAAAUUACAUCACAUAGAUUCUAAAUUUGUUUAAUCCCUCUAGACAGGAGAUUUUGUAGAGUUUAUUUUCAGUGGACUAAUAGGCUGGUGUAAGAAUGAAUUGGUCAAAUUUAUAAAACUUGUCAUUGGUUUAAUUUAUAAAACAUGUCAGAAGGGGGGAAACCCUAUACUAACAGUUUUAACAAAAAUAAAUUUAGUGACUUUUGAAAUCCUGCAUUCAGUCAGAUUCUAAAAUAUUAAGCACCUAAACUGUUUUUUUGUUUGUUUGUUUGUUUUUUGUUUUUUUCCUCACUUGUCCUAGUAAUCCAGAAAUUUGCCUGAAAUUUGGGGGCAUUCCGCUGCUGGGUACUGAAAUACCUUGAAAUACCUUUCUUCUUCUUCUAUUUUUUUUUUUGACACAAAUAUGUGUUUUGCUAAUUUUAUUUUCUUUAAAUUUUCUUGGUAGAUGUAGGUCUUCAAUACCUCACAUAAGAACUACUUUACAGCACUUACUGUUUUUUAAAAACAAAUUGAAUAUUUGAGUAUAGUGGAAAUAGGAAAACUGUUCUUACUUUUUGUUCCACAGGUCUUUGCCUUGAUGUAUUGUUGAAGUUGAUAGUAAAACACUUGCACAUGUCUUAAAAGUACUGAAGAUUGAAAUAAUAAACAUGUAUAAAUAUAUGAAUAUUACACAUUUACUGGGAAAUAUCAUAGGGUUCUUGUCACUAGUGUGCUGAUGUAUUUAAAUAGAGUGUACAGUUAUAUUAACCAAACACACAGAGUCAGACCUCGUUUGGCAAACUUGCCCAUAUUCUAGAACCUUCUCUCAGGGUUACUGUAUCUAGCUUCUUUAAGCUUUAUCAAACCAGUCAGGUCACAUUGCUGGUUAGCUUAAAUUGUUCAUGACGUCUGCUUGAUUUUCCUACAACACAGAGUGGUUUUAUUUAGAACCUAAUUUCUCUGUGUUCUUCACAAUUUCUAGCAAAUGGAGCAUAAUUGUUACCUGAGAAUAAGAUCAACUAAGAGCUGAAAUUGGGAUACUGAAAGAGCAUGUAUGUGUGUGCUUAUUCUAAGCUAAUCUCUUAGUCUUCAGUAGUUUAUCAAAACAGUGUAAUUUUUUAGCUGAUUUUCCAAGCAUGUUAGUUUGUAAGUACCUUGUCUUAUAAAUUGUGUUUCAUAUUUCAAGGUAUGUACCAUACCCAUAAAUAAUUUUUGACAUCAUUAUCUAAUCUGAUAUAGCAUAAUAGUUAUAUACAUACAUUUCAGAUCUGAUCAUAGUAUACUUUCAUACCAGUAUACCAUUCCAAGCCUAUGAUUAAGUCAGAGAACAUUUCAGCUAAUCUAAUGGGUAUAUUUUCUUUGGCAAGCCAAAAAAUAAUUAUAAAUUGUGGUACUUUAUGACGGUUGCAUUGUGUGAAAAUUGCAAACGAAAAUCCAGGCAGGUUGUAAUUUUCGUUAUUCAGGAGGGAAUUCACUGGACAUUUAUGAAACGAAACACUGGUCUCUUCUGAAUACUGACACUGCCCUGCAGCAGAGAUGAUUCAUAACAGCAAGAAAAAUUUUGUCAGGAUUUGAAUGAGAUAAAAAUUUCCUUACAAUACUCUAUUUUAAUUUUUUUCUAUUUAAAUUUUGAUUUUACUUUAGAUUUAUUUUUUGCAUAGUUUUCCUUACAUUUCAAUCAUAUAGAAAUAGUAUAUUGACUUUUGUAUCUCCUGUAAUCUCAAGUAAUCACAUCGAAGAACGG